AUGUAUAAUCAAGAAGAUCAAUCUGAAUAUUCCAGCAACUAUGAUGAGCCCGAUUGGGAAUCGGAUGAAGAAGAUUCAGAUGCCAAUGGUGACCACAUACCAGAGGAAACGGGAGUCCCAACUGGUCGUUUGGCCAAUUGGGUAUCGAAUGAAGAAGAUUCCGAUGAGGACAAAGGAGACGAAAUUGACGAUGUGACCGGCAAGAAAGUGUUUUUCCUGCCGACCGGCAAUGAAGUCACCUUCAUAGACCACGACUGCACUUUAGACUCGGAAGGUUACCCGCUUCUCCCAAACGGUAAAACCAUCUUUGUCAAGCCGCCCGGAGUUGAAAUCACAAAUUGGGGUGAGGUCGGGUAUACCAAGAAAGUUGGGACGGAGUUUCGCUCGAAAGGCCUAUGGAAGCUCAGAAGAGUGAACUGCCUUGGCGUCAUCCGUUGCGACCAGCCCGGAUGUCGAUGGGCAGGGUCGCCUCCUACCGGGCAGAUUUGCAUGAAGACUUGGUUGGAGAAGCACCCUAAAUGCCGAGGACUGAAUGGCAAGUGUCCUGGUCAAGCAAGGCACGUCCCCUGCAAGAACACAAUUGCCCGAUUUGAUACCAACACCGAAACUGGUUGGUCGAUUCUCCGACAUUACGGUACUCACAAGCACCCAUGGCCGGAGGCAAAGAAACCCGACAAGCUCGCCAAAAAAAAACUCAAGGCCGAGAUAGCGAAGAACCCCAAGGAGGGGGCUUUCUCCCUCAAGAUUGGAAAGCCUAGCGCACCAAAGGAUCCCUUUGACAGUGUGCUCAAGAUACACCCGUCAUUGGCCCAUGCGGAUCAACUGCGAUAUCAUCGGAGGCAGAUGCUGACGGACCUUGGGAUUGUUCCUGGGAAAAAGGGGGCUAACAUCGACGACAAGUUCCUGAUUGAUAUGUUCCAAUGGAACAAAUGCGGCUUGAGGAUCAUUUCGGCUGGAUUCCAGGAGGAUGCCGAGCACUUCACCUUCCAAACUGAGUGGAUGGCCAAGCGACUUGUGGCUCGCGAUAUCGACCACAAGGUUUACAGCCAGGGCCUUGUGUCCGAUGUCACAUACCGUUUCUUCCUCAAUGGAUAUCUUCUUUCGACCUCAAUGUUUUGUGAAGAAUUAUCCAGAUGGAUUCCGGUCCAGCUCACUUGGAUCCGUGGUCUAUCCGAAAAUUACUACAAAAUCCACUUCGCAACGCUCUUUCGCCAGUUCUUGAAGCCUGAUAUCACCAAAGAGGAGCGUGAUGUCCUUGUUUGUAACGUGGUGGACUUCUCGGCAGCCCAGAGGGAGGGGUUUGUGGAGGCUUACUGGGAAGUAUUUGGGAUAUGUGAUAAGAAGAUAGUACUAGGGAAACUUCAAGGAUGUCAUGAGCAUUUUUGGGCUCAAGUAACUCGGGUCAAGAAAAAUCGUCACAUCGUGAUGCCCGAUGAGGAGAAUCUUUUUCAAAGCAUGUUCCUGGCCCUUAUCAAGGAACCAAAGAAAGACGAUCCAACUCAUGAAGAGAAGAUCGAUGAAUUGCGCCGACGUUUCCCAAAGGCCCGGAAGUGGUUCGACUGGUGGACAAUGGCCGACGUGGAGGCUAUGCUCUUUCCAACCCGUCGGGCGCAAGAGGAGGAUGGCCCCGAACGGAGUGGACAGCCGACUUUAACGACAAAUGCGCAGGAGAGCCUCCAUUGGCUCUACUACAUGUUCAGACUUUGA